AUGCCAUCUCACAAGAAGUGUCCAAUCCACAGCACCAUGUCCAUUUCUGCCAACCAGCAUGCCCUUGUACGACUACCCUCGGAGGGGAUGAAGAUUGUGGAGCUUAGACCUUCGGGAGUUAUUAGUUUAGGGAAAUUCGGCUCCUUCAAGGUGGAGGGUAUACUUGGGUUUCAGUAUGGCCAGAGCUUUGAAAUCAUUGAAGACUUAAAGGUGAAGCCCAUUAAUGGUCUAGAGGCUGUAUCUAUGCCGGCUGAUAAUGAGGCUGUGGACGGAGAAGGCGCAGAAGAAGAAUUGACUAAAGAUGAAUUGACCAAGAUGUUUUCCAAUAGUGCCGAAAAUAACCAGAAUAUCAUUAAUAUUGGGUCUAAGAUACAGAAAUUGACGUCUGACGACGUCCACGAGCUCAAGACCUCGGGUGCAAGUUCGGAAAUUGGACAAAAAAUUAUUGAAAAGAUGAUCGCAGGCCAUGAAGGAUUCGACAAGAAGACGAUUUUCUCUCAGGAAAAGUACUUGAAACGGAAGCAACAAAAGUUCUUGCGCCGGUUUACGGUAGAGUACCUUGGACCAUCGCAAUUGCUCCAAUACUAUAACGAAAAAGACAAUAUGAGGGUGUUGGACAUGAGCGAAGAAUCGCUUGGGUUGUUAAUGAGCUAUGGCAAUAUUCGUCCUGGUGGAAAGUACUUGGUUGUUGACGAAACUGGAGGCUUGAUCCUCUACGCCAUGAUGGAAAGGAUGAAAAAUUCGAGGGGGGAUGUCGAGGGAACCAUAGUGGUAGCCCAUGAAAACGAACAUGCCAAUCAUAUUGUACUUCGUUAUUCUCCAUAUUCACCAGAACAGAUUUCUGCUGCUGUCAAGACAAUAAACUGGCUCCAGUUUAUCGAGCCAGAAAACGAGCGUAUCAUGUGGGAAGAAUUGCCUGGUGAAGAGCUUGCAAAUCUUAAACCUUCGAAACAACUUCAGUAUGAAAGACGCAAGAAGAGAGCAGCGGAAAUUAACCUGGUUAUAGAUCUAGUCACUGCCGGCAAUUUUGAUGCCUUUAUAUGUGUGGGAACAUUAAAUUUGCCCACUCUCUUGCCAUAUGUGUUGCCAACCAUAGGCGGUUCUAGACCCAUUGCGCUUUACAGUCAGCACAAGGAAGUUCUUCUCGAAGCCCAGCACUUUUUAACUGCCGAUAAACGGGUGCUAGCUCCAUCAAUUUUCGAAACCAGAAUGAGACCCUACCAAACCAUACCCGGAAGAAUGCAUCCACAUAUGACUAUGAGAGGUUAUGGAGGCUACGUUUUGUGGGGAACCAGAGUGUUGCCCCAAGAGUCAGGAAUCACAGCAAUUGGACGAGGAAUCAUAAGAAAAAGAGAAGAAGCCGCUUCAGCCAGCGAUGUGGAAAUGAAGUAG